AGCUGUAUCGACCAAUCAGGAUCGAGAGAGAGAAAGAGAGGGCAUUUCUCACAGAAACACAGUCAGACAGUCUGAGAGUCAACACUGACGAGCACUGAGAGAGAGACAUGAGGACAUUGUGGAUCUUGAGCGUCUUCACACUUCUGCUGCUCGCCGAGGGCAAGGCAGGAGAGUCAGACAAGACCAGCCACCAGCACACGCACGGGAAAAGUGCGCCUCCUGCUGUCUGUCAGCUGACACUGACAGGAGACCAGCGCUGUCUUCCAGGAGCUGUGAUGGGUGAAGGUGUGAUCACUCAGGUCCCGAGUCUGGUCAAUGGGACUGAGGGGCAGUCGGUCACUCUCAACUGUACUGUCCGUAAUACAAAUGUUGGAGCAGUGAGGUGGAGCAGAGACACAGGCAGAGGCAGACAGCCCUUCUUCAAUACAGGAGGUGGGGCCAGUGACCCCCGCGUGUCCUUUAUAUUAAAGAACCAUCUAACAGACAGGUCCAUCAGAAUAGACAACCUGACCCUGGGGGACUCUGGGGUCUAUUACUGUGACAAGUACAGACCAGGUCCCUCCAGUGAGAUCGCAGUCCCAGGACCAGGAAUGAAUCUGACAGUGACAGCCUCAAAAACAAAGACCACCCUGCCUCUCCAGUUCAAGAUGAAGCUACCUUUUCUCAAAGUACUCGAUGUUGAGAAGUUCCACAUCUCCCACACCUUCAGGGAUAGAGUUACUGAACAGGUGGAGAAGGCGUACAAGAAGAAAUAUGACUCUAAAUUCCAUCGUUCCAAAGUGACAGAGACAAAACUCGAUGAGGAAUUCAUCGUUGUCAACAUGGAGCUCGUGUUUCAUCAGAGUCCUGCUCCUGGUUUGGACGAUUUUGUCGAAACCCUGAAGAAGGCGCUGCUGGACUUCACAGUUCUGUUACCAAUAGACCUGAACUCCAUCACUGUCCCAGGCAUAUUACCAGGGACCACCCUGUCUCUCCAGUUCAACAUGAAUCUAAGUACAAACAAAGGUCUUGAUGAUGUGGGGUCCAAGGUCUCCGAGACCUUUAAGGCUGGACUUACUGAGCAGGUGAACAAUGUGUACAAGGAAAAAUAUCUCACCACAUUCCUUCAAUCUGAAGUGGAGAAGAUAGAAGUCGGUGAGGAAUUCAUCGUUGUCAACAUGGAGCUCGUGUUUCAUCAGAGUUCUGCUCCUGGUUCGGAUGAUUUAAUCAAAACACUGGAGAAGGCGCUGCUGGACUUCACGAUUCUGUUACCAAUAGACCUGAACUCUAUCACUGUCCCAGCAACCCCAACGCCCCCAGCAACACCAGCUCCAACAACUCCGCCAUCGCAUUGCCAUGGCCACAGCAAGCCCUGGCCGCUGUGCACGGAGGGUCCCUCCGCCUCAGGCAGGGGGAUUCUGGGAGAAUCGCUGACGGAGUUCGCCCUGCACUUCUACAAGGAGGCCCGGCGAAUCGAAGACAAGGGGAACAUGCUGAUAUCGCCAGUGAGCGUCGCUGAGCUGCUGACACUCCUCCUGCUGGGUGCCCGGGGGGACACUCAGACUACGCUGGAGAAUGUGCUGUCUCUCCCCCAGAACUUCACCUGUGUCCACGAGGAGGUGCUGAGCCUGACCAAGCACCUGAGGGGCAGCGUGGAGAUGGCCUCCCGGAUCUACUAUAAGCCUGGGCUGAAACUGACAGACUUCUUUGGUGACCAAUCGCAGCAAUUCUACGGGGCAAAGCCUCAGCAGUUGACCAAUAACGGCACCACCAACCUGCAGAUGAUCAAUGAUUGGGUGGCCCAGAAAACCCACAAUCAGAUCAAGCAUCUGGUUGACUCAGUCCCGCAGAACACCGAGUUCAUGCUGCUGAAUGCCAUCUACUACAUUGGGAAGUGGAAGAUGCGGUUCAAUGAAAAUGAGACAAAGGAGGAGAAAUUCACCACGCUGGAGGGAAAGCAUGUCAGAGUCCCAGUCAUGAAGAGCAAGAACUACAGGCUGGCCAUCCAAUACAGCGCAGCGCUGAAGGCCAAGGUGGCCAGGUUCCUCCUGUCUGGAGAUGUGAGCCUCUAUGUGUUCCUGCCUCCGGUCUUCUCCACCUCGGCUCUGAAGGAGGUGGAGGACAGGCUGAACCUGGAGACUCUGACGAAGCUGGUGAAGAACAUGGAGAGUAUGGAGCCCCAGGAGGCCACAGUGGCCUUGCCUCGCCUCAAACUGGACUCCAAAACUGAUCUGCUUCAUCUGAUGGAGAGUCUGGGUGAGAUAGGGGCCUCUAACACUGCACUAGUGACUGGAGUGUCCAGUCAGUGUGUGGUGAUCAUUAACAUUCUCUCUCCCAGGCUGAUCUCCCGCUCCUGA